CAGCAAGGUGGGGUACCAAGGCCCUGCGUCAAUCACCUAGAAUCCUCUAGGGGGUGCCUACCCCCUCAAAGCAGCACCCCCGCCAUGUUCAACUUAAUGAAGAAAGACAAGGACAAAGAUGGGGGGCGGAAGGAGAAGAAGGAGAAGAAGGAGAAGAAGGAGCGGAUGUCGGCCGCCGAGCUGCGCAGCCUGGAGGAGAUGAGCUUGCGCCGGGGCUUCUUCAACCUGAACCGCUCCUCGAAGCGCGAGUCCAAGACCCGCCUGGAAAUCUCCAACCCCAUCCCCAUCAAGGUGGCCAGCGGCUCCGACCUGCACCUGACCGACAUCGACUCGGACAGCAACCGCGGCAGCGUCAUCCUGGACUCGGGCCACCUGAGCACGGCCAGCUCCAGCGACGACCUCAAGGGCGAGGAAGGCAGCUUCCGCGGCUCCGUGCUGCAGCGGGCCGCCAAGUUCGGCUCCCUGGCCAAGCAGAACUCGCAGAUGAUUGUCAAGCGCUUCUCCUUCUCCCAGCGGAGCCGGGACGGGAGCGCCUCGGAAACGUCCACCCCCUCCGAGCACUCGGCUGCCCCAUCCCCGCAGGUGGAGGUGAGGACGCUGGAGGGUCAGCUGAUGCCCCCACCGGGCCCGGGCUUCCCCCGGCCAGGGCACCGGGCCCGAGCCCCCGAGCUGGUGACCAAACGGUUCCAGGCGGACCUGCGCCUGCCCCCCGUGGUCCCCCCGCCGCCCCCUGCCCCCCGGGAGCUGGAGCUCCAGCGCCGGCCCACCGGAGACUUUGGCUUCUCCCUGAGGCGGACAACCACGCUGGACCGGGCCGCCGAGGGCCAGGCCUACCGCCGGGUGGUGCACUUCGCCGAGCCCGGGGCUGGCACCAAGGACCUGGCCCUGGGGCUGGUGCCGGGCGACCGGCUGGUGGAGAUUAACGGGCACAACGUGGAGAGCAAGUCCAGGGAUGAGAUCGUGGAGAUGAUCCGGCAGUCCGGGGACAGCGUCCGGCUCAAGGUGCAGCCCAUCCCGGAGCUCAGCGAGCUGAGCCGGAGCUGGCUGCGGAGCAGCGGCGAGGGAGCACGCAGGGAGCCAGCCGAUGCAGGAGCUGCCCCCAAGGCCCAGCUGACCCCAGCAGAGGAGGCCCACCAGCGGCUAGAGAGGAUCUUCACCGCUUCUCUGGACCCUGAGGCCGCCUCUCCUGCCCAUGGCCAGGCGAAGACCGAGGAGCAGAUCGCAGCCGAGCAGGCCUGGUACGAGACGGAGAAGGUGUGGCUGGUCCACCAGGAUGGCUUCUCCCUGGCCAGUCAGCUCAAAUCCGACGAGCUCAGCCCGCCGGAGGGGAAGGUGCGGCUGAAGCUGGACCAUGACGGAGCCGUCCUGGAUGUGGACGAAGACGACGUGGAGAAGGCUAAUGCCCCGUCCUGCGACCGGCUGGAAGACCUGGCCUCCCUGGUGUACCUCAACGAAUCUAGUGCCCUGCACACGCUACGCCAGCGCUACGGGGCGAGCCUGCUGCACACGUAUGCUGGCCCCAGCCUGCUUGUCCUCAGCCCCCGUGGAGCCCCUGCUGUGUACUCGGAAAAGGUGAUGCACAUGUUCAAGGGGUGCCGGCGGGAGGACAUGGCGCCCCACAUCUAUGCCGUGGCCCAGACGGCGUACCGGGCCAUGCUGAUGAGCCGGCAGGAUCAGUCCAUCAUCCUCCUGGGCAGCAGUGGCAGCGGCAAGACCACGAGUUGCCAGCACCUGGUGCAGUACCUCGCCACCAUCGCAGGCUCCAGUGGGAACAAGGUGUUUUCUGUGGAGAAGUGGCAGGCCUUGUACACCCUCCUGGAAGCCUUUGGGAACAGCCCCACCAUCAUGAAUGGCAAUGCCACCCGCUUCUCCCAGAUUCUCUCGCUGGAUUUUGACCAGGCGGGCCAGGUGGCCUCGGCCUCCAUUCAGACGAUGCUCUUAGAGAAGCUGCGUGUGGCUCGGCGCCCCACCACCGAGGCCACGUUCAACAUCUUCUACUACCUGCUGGCCUGUGGGGAUGGCACCCUCAGGACAGAGCUCCACUUGAACCACUUGGCAGAGAAUAAUGUGUUUGGGAUUGUGCCACUGGCCAAGCCAGAAGAGAAGCAGAAGGCAGCUCAGCAGUUCAGUAAGCUGCAGACGGCCAUGAAGGUGCUGGGCAUCUCCCCCGACGAACAGAAGACCUGCUGGCUCAUCCUGGCUGCCAUCUACCACCUGGGGGCUGCAGGCGCCACCAAAGAAGCACCCGAGGAGCAAACGGAAUCUGCGGAAGCUGGGCGCAGGCAGUUUGCCCGACACGAGUGGGCCCAGAAGGCUGCGUACCUGCUGGGCUGUAGCCUGGAGGAGCUCUCCUCGUCCAUCUUCAAGCACCAGCACAAGGGGGGCACCCUGCAGCGCUCCACCUCCUUCCGCCAGGGCCCCGAGGAGAGUGGUCUGCCAGAUGGCUCAGGCCCCAAACUGAGUGCCCUGGAGUGCUUAGAGGGGAUGGCUUCUGGCCUCUACAGCGAACUCUUCACACUCCUCAUCUCCCUGGUGAACAGGGCGCUCAAGUCCAGCCAGCACUCGCUCUGCUCCAUGAUGAUCGUGGACACUCCGGGCUUCCAGAACCCCGAGCAGGGCGGCUCGGCCCGAGGCGCCUCCUUCGAGGAGCUGUGUCACAACUACGCCCAGGACCGGCUGCAGAGGCUUUUCCAUGAGCGCACUUUUGUGCAGGAGUUGGAGAGAUACAAGGAGGAGAACAUCGAAGUGGCCUUUGACGACUUGGAGUCCGCCACUGAUGACUCUGUGGCCGUUGUGGACCAAGCCUCCCAUCAGUCCCUGGUCCGCUCGCUGGCCCGCACGGAGGAGGCCAGGGGCCUGCUGUGGCUGCUGGAGGAGGAGGCGCUGGUGCCAGGGGCCACAGAGAGCACCCUCCUAGAGCGCCUUUUCUCCUAUUACGGCCCCCAGGAAGGUGACAAAAAAGGCCACAGCCCGCUCCUGCGCAGCAGCAAGCCACACCACUUUCUCCUGGGCCACGGUCACAGCACCAACUGGGUAGAGUACAAUGUAGCCGGCUGGCUCAGCUACACCAAGCAGAACCCAGCCGUCCAGAGUGCCUCCCGCCUCCUGCAGGACUCCCAGAAAAAGAUCAUCAGCAACCUGUUUCUGGGCCGGGCGGGCAGUGCCACGGUACUGUCGGGCUCCAUCGCUGGCCUGGAAGGCGGCUCGCAGCUGGCCUUGCGCCGGGCCACCAGCAUGCGGAAGACCUUUACCACGGGCAUGGCGGCUGUCAAGAAGAAGUCCCUGUGCAUCCAGGUUAAGCUGCAGGUGGAUGCCCUCAUUGACACCAUCAGGAAGGCCAAGCUGCAUUUCGUCCACUGCUUCUUGCCUGUGGCAGAAGGCUGGGCCGGGGAGCCCCGGUCCGCCUCCUCACGCCGGGUCAGCAGCAGCAGCGAGCUGGACCUGCCCCCCGGGGACCACUGUGAGGCUGGGCCCCUGCAGCUUGACGUGCCCCUACUCCGGGCACAGCUCCGAGGCUCCCGCGUGCUCGAUGCUGUGCGCAUGUACCGCCAAGGGUAUCCGGACCACAUGGUGUUCUCCGAGUUCCGCCGCCGCUUCGAUGUCCUGGCCCCACACCUGACCAAGAAACAUGGGCGCAACUACAUUGUGGUGGACGAGAGGCGGGCUGUGGAGGAACUGCUAGAGUCCUUGGACCUGGAGAAGAGCAGCUACUGCAUGGGCCUCAGCCGGGUGUUCUUCCGGGCGGGCACGUUGGCGAGGCUAGAAGAACAACGGGAUGAGCAAACCAGCAGGAACCUGACCCUGUUCCAGGCAGCUUGCAGGGGUUUCCUGGCCCGCCAGCACUUCAAGAAGAGAAAGAUCCAGGACCUGGCCAUUCGCUGUGUGCAGAAGAACAUCAAGAAGAACCAAGGGGUGAAGGACUGGCCCUGGUGGCGGCUCUUCACCACCGUCAGGCCCCUCAUCGAAGUGCAGCUGUCCGAGGAGCAGAUCCGGAGCAGAGACGAGGAGAUCCAGCAGCUGCGGAGCAAGCUCGAGAAGGUGGAGAAGGAGCGGAACGAGCUACGGCUCAGUAGCGACCGCUUAGAGACCCGGAUCUCGGAGCUGACAUCGGAGCUGACAGAUGAACGUAACACGGGGGAGUCCGCCACCCAGCUGCUAGAUGCUGAGACGGCGGAGAGACUCCGGGCGGAGAAGGAGAUGAAGGAGCUGCAGAGCCAGUAUGAUGCCCUGAAGAAGCAGAUGGAGGUGAUGGAGUUGGAGGUGAUGGAGGCCCGGCUCAUCCGGGCAGCUGAGAUCAACGGGGAAGUGGAUGAUGAGGACGCAGGUGGCGAGUGGCGCCUGAAGUACGAGCGGGCUGUGCGGGAGGUGGACUUCACCAAGAAGCGGCUCCAACAGGAGUUGGAGGACAAGCUGGAGGUGGAGCAGCAGCACAAGAGGCAGCUGGAGAGGCGGCUCGGGGACCUGCAGGCCGACGGUGACGAGAGCCAGCGGGCUCUGCAGCAGCUCAAGAAGAAGUGCCAACGGCUGACUUCGGAGCUGCAGGACACCAAGCUGCACCUGGAGGGCCAGCAGGUCCGAAACCAUGAGCUGGAGAAGAAGCAGCGGAGGUUUGACAGUGAGCUAGCACAGGCUCACGAGGAGGCCCAGCGGGAGAAGCUGCAGCGGGAGAAGCUGCAGCGGGAGAAGGACGUGCUGCUGGCUGAGGCGUUCAGCCUGAAGCAACAGCUGGAGGAAAAAGACGUGGACAUUUCGGGACUCACCCAGAAGGUUGUCUCACUGGAGGCUGAACUCCAGGACAUUUCCUCUCAAGAGUCCAAGGAUGAAGCCUCUCUGGCCAAGGUCAAGAAACAGCUCCGGGAUCUGGAGGCCAAGGCCAAGGAUCAAGAAGAAGAGCUGGACGAGCAGGCGGGGACCAUCCAGAUGCUGGAGCAGGCCAAGCUCCGUCUAGAGAUGGAGAUGGAACGGAUGCGGCAGACCCACUGCAAGGAGAUGGAGAGCCGGGAUGAGGAGGUGGAGGAAGCCCGGCAGUCCUGUCAGAAGAAGUUAAAGCAGAUGGAAGUACAGAUGGAGGAGGAGUACGAGGACAAGCAGAAGGUACUUCGAGAGAAGCGGGAGCUGGAGAGCAAGCUCACGGCCCUCAGCGACCAGGUUAGCCAGCGGGACUUCGAGUCCGAGAAGCGGCUGCGGAAAGACCUGAAACGCAGCAAGGCCCUUUUGGCAGACGCCCAGAUCAUGCUGGACCACCUGAAGAACAAUGCCCCCAGCAAGCGGGAACUUGCCCAGCUGAAGAACCAGCUGGAGGAGUCGGAGUUCACCUGCACCACGGCCGUGAAAGCACGGAAAGCCAUGGAGGUGGAGAUCGAAGACCUGCACCUGCAGAUUGAUGACAUCGCCAAAGCCAAGACCGGGCUGGAGGAGCAGCUGAGCCGCCUGCAGCGGGAGAAGAACGAGAUCCAGAACCGCUUGGAAGAGGACCAGGAAGACAUGAACGAGCUCAUGAAGAAGCACAAGGCUGCCGUGGCUCAGGCCUCUCGGGAUCUGGCUCAGAUGAAUGAUUUCCAAGCUCAGCUGGAAGAGGCCAACAAGGAGAAGCAAGAGCUGCAGGAGAAGCUGCAAGCCCUCCAGAGCCAGGUGGAGUUCCUGGAGCAGUCCAUGGUGGACAAGUCCCUGGUGAGCCGGCAGGAAGCUAAGAUCCGGGAGCUGGAAACACGCCUGGAGUUUGAAAGGACCCAGGUCAAGCGGCUGGAGAGCUUGGUGAGCCGGAUCAAGGAAAACAUGGAGAAGGUGACUGAGGAGCGAGACCAGCGCAGUGCAGCCGAGAACCGGGAGAAGGAGCAGAACAAGCGGCUGCAGCGGCAGCUCCGGGACACCAAGGAAGAGAUGGGCGAGCUGGCCAGGAAGGAGGCGGAGGCUAGCCGCAAGAAGCACGAGCUGGAGAUGGAUCUGGAAAGUCUGGAGGCUGCGAACCAGAGCCUGCAGGCCGACCUCAAGCUGGCCUUCAAGCGUAUCGGGGACCUGCAGGCAGCCAUCGAGGAUGAGAUGGAGAGUGAGGAGGAUGAGCAGCUCAUCAACAGUUUGCAGGACAUGGUGACAAAGUAUCAGAAAAGAAAGAAUAAACUUGAAGGGGACUCGGAUGUGGACUCGGAGCUGGAGGACAGGGUCGAUGGGGUCAAGUCAUGGUUGUCCAAAAACAAGGGACCUUCCAAGGCAGCUUCCGAUGAUGGCAGCUUGAAGAGUUCCAGCCCCACCAGCUACUGGAAGCCCCUUGCCCCUGACCGGUCAGACGAUGAGCAUGACCCUCUCAACAGCACCUCCAGACCCCGAGACUCCCACAACUAUCUGAGCGACAGUGACACAGAGGCCAGGCCGAUGGAGAGCAACGCAUAGUCCAGGGGAGUGGCCCCCAGCCCCUCCUGCCCAGGCCUGCUGCCGCCAGGGCACCUCUCCCAGGAAAUGGAAGGCAACAGGUCUCCCCCACCGGACUGCGGAUCUGCAUGGGGGACACCCAGCCCUCUUCUGUCAGGGGAACUUUCCAGGCUCUGCGUGUCUGGCAUCUCCACGUGGAUGAGGUGGGGGAGAGAGGAGUUUCUGAAAGGAGAACAUUCCGUUCCACCCUGCCCCCCAAAUGCCUCACUCUCGGCUGCCACCCCGGGCCACCUUGGGCAAUGGCAGGUGGCUUGGCAUUGCAUGGAGCCAGCAAGUUGACCCCCAUCUCAGCUCCCUACUCAGGGACAGGUGCACAGAUUGCCUCCUGGGACAUUCUGGGUUGCUGGGUGUAUGCGGAGGAGCUGGAGAGGGCACGGCAAUCCGUUCCCAGGUUUGGGCUGAGGGCUUUCUCUUCUCAGUGCCUGCUGUCUUUUUACUGUUUAAAUUCCCAACCUCUUCAUCACAACUGCGUUGAGAGUGGGAGGGGGCUGGGGGGCAGUGGGGCCCCGGGAAUGACUGGGGGAUCACGUCUGUCCCGACUCUCCGGAAAGUUUACCGUUCUCUGUAGAGCUGAGGAUGUUGGUGAGCAGAGCCGGGCCCAGAUUCUUAAGCGUCAGCAUGGGGAGGGGAUCUCAGGUGCUUCUGGGUUUGGGAUGGAUGAGCCUACACAGACUGGGGGGCAUGUGUACCAUCUGGAACUCCCAGGCCCUCCCCACCCCUCUGUGUCUCCUGUUGUAUUAAGUGCAAUGACCUAUUUAAGAUAAAUUCCACUAACGCCAAUUCGAGGCUUAUCCACUCCCCCCCUCCCUCCACCUCUGUCCAAGCUGCCUGGACCAUUAAACCUGAGAUCAGGGAAGGCUUUGGACUGAGGGCUUGUGAUCAGAAGAGAGAAAAGUGAAGACAGAAGGUUUGGUCAGUUCUGAUGUGUAUUAGACAGCAAGUCCUCAAUCUGUGUCCCGAACCUGUCAUUUGUCAUCUUCCAGUCCUCUAGCCCACCCAUACACACACACACACACACACACACACACACACACACACACACACACGCACGCACUCACCCCAGAUGUGACAACAUGCGGUCUGAAGGUCCCAGCUCCCACCCCAAAAGGUUAUCCCACCAACACCACCAGGCUUGGGGGCCCCAGGGCAGUGCCUGGUGCUGCGCCCAUCUGCUGUCCCCACCGCCCUCUCUCCUGCAAUUGGUUUGUAUUCAUUGGGCUGUGCUCUCUCUUCCCUGAUGUAUGGAAAUAAAUGUCCUUUUCCUUCUG